UCUCCGGGGCACUAUCCCCAAGCCAUUGCCUCCGCUCCGCAGCUCCGCUCCGUUCUCGACGCUUCUGCGCUCUCGCCGUCGCCGAGUGGACCGACCGCCCCCGAUCGAUCGAGCAGGCAGCAUGCAGCCGCCGUGCCUGGGCGCCUGCGGCGGCAGGCUCGCCGUCCCCGUACACCUCCGCCACCGCCUAUCCUCCGCGUCUGGGGCCAGUGUCUCGUGCGCCGCCGGGGGAGGGAAGGCGUCGGCCAGGGGGAAGGAGAACAUCUGGAGCGUAGACAACGACCGGGCCGCCUCCGGGGUGGCCCGGGGCCCGAAGCACCGCCGGCGCAGGCGCCCUGGAGGGCGCCGCGUCCCGCCGCCGCCCCCGGGGAGGAGGAAGGGGAAGGAUGCGGGCUCGAGGGUUCUGGUCUCCGGAGCCAUGCUCGUGGAGGUCGAGACAGUGCUCCAAACCCAGGAACCUGUUAUAAAGCCGUCUUGGGAUACAUUUGCGAGCAGCUUAAGUGGCAUCUGGAAGGGUGUUGGAGCCGUGUUCUCACCGAUCACAGCAGAGAUGGAGCCUCUCGGAGUGGGAAACAAAGAGGAGUUCCUUUAUGAUUGCUACACUCUUUCUCACAUUCAGAAGCACACUGAUAAUGAUUUUGGAUCUGUGAUCCAUAGGAAGACAAACUGGGUGCUGCUCAAUCCUCAUGGGGAAGCUGAGAAACAGAGCGCUGGAUAUGAUAGUGGGGAUCAAUACAAUUACAGUGACAAGAGAACUGUUGAUUUGCCUGCUCAUGAAUCUUUUGAUCUUAAGAGGAGCGAUGUACUUGAUGAAGAUUCUAUUGCUCAGGAGCCUGGGAUUGUAUAUUUUGAGGAUGGAUCAUACUCUAGAGGUCCAGUUGAUCUAGUGAUUGGUGAAUUUGAUGAAUCUAAAUACUUCCUUUCACCAACAUAUAAAUUUGAGCAAUGUCUGGUCAAAGGGUGUCACAAGAGAUUGCGUAUUGUACAUACUAUUGAGUUUAAUGAAGGAGGAGCUAACAUACAGAUCGUAAGGAUUGCUGUAUAUGAGGAACAAUGGCUUAGCCCAGCACACAUUCAUGUUGAAGAUGAUACACCUGCUGAUGUUAAACCUUUAUCCCAAAGAAAGCGAACCAAACCAUCAGACCUUACGGGCUCCUGGAAAGUAUAUGAAGUUAGUGCAACUCCAAUUUUUAGUGAGGAAAAGCAAGAAAUAGAGGGUGGUUCCCUCUUUGUAUACUUGUGCAUGGAGACAGUGAAGAAGAGAAACCUGCCAGAGAGCUCAGUUUCCUUUGGGGAGGAGGAGAUGCUUGACAUGCAAGAUGUCACCAUGCUUUGGUUACCCGGUGGUGUCACUGCCUAUGUUGAUGUGGACAAAGACGGUAUACUCUGUAUAGGAGUUGGUUGGUACUCAGAAGAAGGGAUUAAUAUGGUGAUGGAGAGAGACUAUGGAACUGAUGGAAAGCUCAGAGAGGUUCGAUGGAAAACUGAAGUCAAGCGCAGGUGGAAUCAGCCAGGUCCACCAGCAGCAGGAGAGAGAGAGAGGGAGGGAGGGGGGAGGGAGAAGAGCCGCGGAGAGGGCGCCAGCUGCGGCAUGGACCGGAAUGCCGGCUCCUUCGUCGCCGUCCGCCGCCUGUCGGGAGCUUCCUCCUGCCACCAGGCCCACCACCCCUCGCCGGCGGAGGUUGUGACGGGGUCGACGGCGUGGAUCGGGAGGGGGUUCUCCUGCGUCUGCGCGCAGAGGAGGGAGAGCGACCAGCGCAUCUCCUUCGAUUUGAGCCCGGCUCAGGAAGAGUGUCUGCAGAGAUUACAAAACCGGAUAGAGGUGCCGUAUGAUAGCUCAAAUGGAGAGCAUCAGGAAGCAUUAAAGUCCCUUUGGCAUGUUUCCUUUCCUGGCACCGAACUUUUAGGACUAGUAUCAGACCAGUGGAAGGAGAUGGGAUGGCAAGGGAAAGAUCCAUCUACAGAUUUCAGGGGUGGUGGUUUUAUAUCUUUGGAGAAUUUACUAUACUUUGCUACGAACUAUACAAAAUCCUUCCAGGAGCUCCUUUGUAAGCGGAUUGGUGAUAGAGCAUUGUGGGAAUAUCCAUUUGCUGUAGCUGGUGUAAACAUUACAUUCAUGCUCAUUCAGAUGCUUGAUCUUCAAGCAGCUAAACCAAGGUCGUUGAUUGGAGCGGUGUUCUUAAAUCUACUUUUAGAAAAUGAUCGAGCUUUUGACAUUCUCUACUGCAUAACCUUUAAGCUAAUGGAUCACAAAUGGCUUGAAAUGCAUGCCAAUUAUAUGGAUUUCAAUUCAGUUAUCAAAUCUACACGACGACAACUCGAGAGGGAGUUAGUACUUGAAGAUAUCCAACGAAUUGAGGACAUGCCAUCGUACAGGUUUCUUGACCGCUAGCAACUGAAUUCUCACUUAACAUCGCCACAGGUAGUAAAUCUCAGUCACCUGCAAGCCAAGUACAGUGAACUCGAUUCGUGGGGAUUCGUGGGGACUAAAUGAUCAUGGAAUUGUAACAUGUGUACCAAUAGUGUGUGUUUUCACGUUGAAACUGUGACAGACCUUGUUUACUGUGGUCUGCUUAUUUAUGAAAGGCAAGGUAACAGGGUAUCUGAUCAACCAAUGGUUUAACUAGCGUGCGUGUAGGGUCUCUAUUUUCCGUGAGUGAAUUUUCACAAUGCAGAGCGACAAGUCCUUAGAUUUCUAUACGAGGGAAGGUCAUGUAAACUAAUCUGAGUAUCAAAUGCUUCCUAGGCUCUUUCGUUAUUUCUAUCCCUUCACACUUGUUGAAAGAUAUACCAGCUAUUUCUCCACCUAUCCACUUAUCCCAACCAAUCACAAUUAUUUAUUAUUGAUUUUUUGACCUAUAUUCUCUUCUCA